AUGACGAACCCAACCGGACCACGUUCUGCAAUCCAUGUUCCGUGCAGUCGAACCACCACCGGAGUCUCGACCGAAUCAAUCCCCAUAACUACCUCCCUCCUGCUCGGUACGACCAUUGCUCAAACCACUGCUCCCCUGACUUUUGGCUCGCUGCCCCCUAUGACUCGAGUAAUUGCAACCAUUACCGACGCCGGCACGCAUUACUCAACUGUCACAACAACCACUCGUGGAGGCACGGGUGAUGACUAUGUGCACGUAACUGAUUACGACUCCUCCGAAUCGGAGCAAGAGCAUGAUACCCCCCCUCGAAGGAGAAGAGAUACCGACCAUACUCGACACCGUCGACGCCGCCAUAGGCAAGAGACUAAUGAGCCCCGAGGGGCGACAAACCAAACUUAUGAGGAUCGAAUCCGUGCUUAUGAGGAGGAAAUUGCACGAUUGAAAAGGGACCAGGCAAGGUUACCAACCUCGGAACCAAGGGAAGAAAUCCCUCAUCAAACCAGCAUGAACCAGAUUCACUUGCUACCAGCGGGCGAUCCCGAUAACCCUGUUCCGCCCUUCACCCAAGAGACUAUGGAUGCAAGGAUCUCCAGAAAAUUCAAGCUCUCAACCAUCAAAGCCUAUGAUGGCACGGGUGAUCCCGCCAACCACGUUCGGACCUUUAUGAAUGCUCUGUUACUCCAACCCGUCACGGAAGCAAUCAAGUGCCGUGCUUUUCCUCAAACCUUGAGCGGGAUGGCUCAGCACUGGUAUAGUCGCUUACCUCCAAACUCUAUUUCUUGUUUUGCUGACUUGAGCAGGGCCUUCAUAGGACAAUUCGUUGGAAGCAAAACACACGCCAAAAGCUCUGCCUCGUUAAUGAAUUUACACCAGGGUAAAAACGAGUCACUCCAAGAGUAUAUGAAUCAUUUUACCAAAGAAGCCUUGAAGGUCCCAGACCUAGAUCAGAAGGUAGCUACCGACGACAACUUUCGCCGAUCAUUAGCCAAGAGGGCCCCUGAUAAUAUGAAUGAUUUACAAGAGAGAGCCGGGAAGUAUAUUAAGGCCAAGGAAAGGCCGAGGAAAUCCCAGAACAAUCAGGGAUCGAAUACCAAUUUCAAGAAGCGCGGGAAUGACACGGAGUAUAACGCUGAGAAUAAAUACUCCAAGAAGGACGAUGAUGAAAAGUCGCCUGCUAAAAAGAAAUUAGGGCCAAGGUUUAGUGAAUAUGCUAGACUCAAUGCCCCGAGGAGUCAAAUCCUGAUGGAGAUUGAGAAGGACGAAAGUGUAAGAUGGUCGAAGCCUAUAAGAACCGAUCCGGAGAAACGAAACAAAGAUUUAUAUUGUCGAUUCCAUAAGGACAUAGGGCAUAAGACCAAUGAUUGCCGACAGUUGAAGGAUGAAAUCGAAUUCUUGAUCCGAAGAGGCAAGUUGUCUAAAUUUACAAAAGAUGGAGAUAAAAAUCAUCGAGACAAUGACAAUCGCGGAAGAGACAACAUCACCCAGCCUCGAGGGCCUGUGAUUAAUGUAAUCUCCGGAGGACCGACAGCUGCGGGUACUUCCAGUAAUUCAAGGAAGGCUUAUGUAAGAGAAGUAAUGAGUAUAAUUGGAGAACCCCCGAAACGGGCUAAAAUUGAUUAUUCUUUGGCAUUCGAGAAUGUCGAUCUUGAGAAGGUAAAAUUCCCCCAUGACGAUCCAUUAGUGAUUACACCAGUAAUUGGAAACUCUUCUGUAAAAAGAGUACUCGUUGAUAAUGGAGCCUCGGUGGAUAUCUUGUUUUAUGAUGCAUAUGAGAAGAUGGGGUACUCUGAUGCUCAACUGACACCAUCAGAUAUGCCUAUAUAUGGUUUCAAUAACGUAGAAACAAAGAUCGAGGGCAUGAUUCAACUCCCUGUAACUAUGGGCACCGAGCCUAGACAUGCCACGUGUAUGCUGAACUUCUUGGUUGUUAAAGCCUCGUCAACAUAUAAUGCUAUCCUUGGAAGGACUGGGAUACACGCUUUUAAAGCAAUACCGUCUACGUACCACUUGAAGAUAAAGUUCCCGACUAGGAAUGGGGUCGGAGAAGAGAUAGGAGAUCAGAAAAUGGCACGAAGCUGCUAUGUUGGAGCAUUGAAAUCUGGAGGAGCAGGGGGCAAGUAUUACCCAUAG